AUGCUUGGUGCCAACAGAGUGCAAUUUCUCAACACUCCAGAAUUUCUGUCAGCCGGGACAGGGGAAGAUACAAAUAACCUCAAUCAUGAUAUCUUUCCAUCAUUAGAUUCCCUCUUGGAUAUUUCAUUAUGCGAAAGGGGACUGGACACAUGCGGCAUACCCAAUGAACCAAAUAAUAGCUGGCAAGGAAGUCAGCACACUACUUAUCCACCAGGCUCAUUUCCUGAUACCCUAAACGAUAAGUUCGCCCUCGAUCAUGGCGUCUCCUUUCCUCCACUUUCCCCAGGUCUCAGUAUUGAUGAACCUCCGCAAUUAAGUACCCGAUCUCCUAGCACUACCAAUAGUAAUGCAGACCGAGAUUGUAGCGGCAGGUGUUACGUGAUGCUACUUCAGCAGCUAUUAUUCUUACAUCGGUCGCUACCUGAAUUCAGCCGGCCUUCUGUCGAUGCUAUUCUCUUAGUAGAACGCAAUCUAUACAGAAAUGUCUCCGGCACGCUCCUACAAUGCACUACUUGUGGUAGCAACCGCUCAACCCUCCUCCUACUGUCUACUGUCAUCGAACGAAUUGUCCUAAUGUUUAACUGGAUCAUUGAGAAGAAGACUCUAAUGGACUCGAAGAAUGCACGCUUGAGUCGGCUGGCAUUAUGUUCCUGGGCCCAAAACCCAUCAGUGCCACCCCCAGCAGACAGCUUCCAAAGAACCUUCUGUCAUGUUCCGCUGAUGGUGGGAAACGUGGAGAUGGAUGCAAAGACCAAACAUACGUUUAUGAAACCUUUGAUAAUUCUUAGGAUAAAGAAACUGGCAGCGAUGCUACAAGAGUUAAGCCGAAUUACCGCAAGCCGCUCUCAGGACUGUCUUUGCCGCGCAGCAGAACUGAUAUUGAUGGACUGCAAACAACGUUUGGACUAUCUUCGAGGCCAGGUUCAGACAUGGGAGUGA